GUAAUGGUGGUGGUGGUGGUGGUGGUUCACAAGACUCGCUUAAUAUCUCUGAUGGUAUUCCUAAUGAUUACUUGAUCCGCCCUGCCGCAAGUCGUCGUCCUCCUCCCCCAACACCUCCUUUAGCUGCUCAUAAUCAUGUCAAUGCUGUCGCACCACCGACACCGCCUCCUUCUAACGGUAGUACCACCACCAAUACGAUUAAACCCGUUUCGACCAUCCCUCAAAUGGCAAUACCACAACAACCACAGCAACAACGCCAUACUUCUUCGAGCAAACAGUCAUAUUCUAUCUACAGCACAUUCGGUUCUGAUUCGUACAAUUCAGGCAGCGAAAGUGCAAUUGACAUGAUUGAAGAAGAGCGACAGCAGCACCGUCGACCAGAAUUACCAGUGACGCCUCCACCAUCAUCAUCAGCAGCAUCCUCUCCAACACAGAGUACAAAGCAACCACCAAUCACAGGGACUCACCUCAACACAUCCAACUUUCCGCCACCUCCUUCAGAUAAUUUAGCUCAAAUUGUAGCCAACAACAUGCAAAGAAGACCUGGACGUGUAGCAACGACAACAGCUUCGACGAUGCCAUCACCACUCGAACAAUCAAAACCGUAUGCACAUCUGGCCUUGACAAACAAAGACACAUCCACACAUACUAUGGAAACAGCCAGUAUUGAAUCAUUCAAUACUAUAGAAACAACUGAAAACGAUCGGACAGGACUCGGAAGAGAUAGUCAUUGUGAUACAAUGGGUGUGAUCAAGGAAGAACCAACAACAACGACAACGAUGACAACACCUUCAGCGACCGCUAGCAGCGAUUCCAGUGAUGACGACGAUGACGAGGACGAGGACGAAGAAGACGAGGAUGAAGAAGAUGUGUUUGUGGACGCAACAGGAUCAUCCCAAGAUGAUAUUGAACGUGAACGCGGUGAAUCAAAACUAAGCAAACGUCUAAGUGGCGGUCAUUUCGGAAGUGCAGGCGGUUUAAUGCUAGCUACAGCAGCGGCAGAAAAAACCAGUAUGCCUACCAGCAAGCAGCAGAAACGACGGAGUAGACCACCUCCAGAAGAUAUCGCACAGGCCAUGCUGAAUUGGAAACGACAUAGUGGUGGUGGUGCCAACAAACGUAUGAGCGGCAUGUCGGCCAUUGCAAAGUUGGCGAGUGAAAAUGGCGGCAACAAACUGACAGAAGAAGAACAGAGUCAAGAAGAGGACAAUGAUGAUCUGACUCUCAAGGAUAAGCAGUCAAGUCGUGAACAAGCUGCUGAGUUGCUAAAUGGAACAAGUGGCAAACCUCGAGUUGUUCAAAGCAAUGGUACCAAUAACGAAAAUAAGAGCACUACCUCCACCUCCACCUGCACCUCCACUGCUAUUGUAUUUAACAGCAGUCGCCUUCCAACACCAUCACCUCCUCCUGAAUCCGCUACUACCACUACUACAACGGUUAGCACCACUAUUGCCAGCACCGACAAAAAACUGGAUCAGCAAGACCAGCAGCAAAAGCAACCCCAUCAUCAAAGCAGCAAUCGAUCUCUCAAGUACUUGUCCGAUGACUUUUCGAAAUCGUUAGACGAUGCAUGGAAUAAUUUAGAUCCUGGUAUUGCUCAAGUCCUUGAUCCACGAUUAUUGCCUGAGCCUGGUGAUGCUGCUGCUGCACGUCAACCCUCGCCAAAACCACAACCACCAUCCAAGGGCCAUACGCAUCAAGAGGCAAAGGAAGCAGCACAGCACUUGUGGGACGAAGACGAUGUCAUUACAACACGGGAGCGGAUAGCAGAAUGGCUCGGUCAAGGCAAACCAUUCAAUAGCGAUGCAUUGGUGCAUUACAUGGAGAACUUUGAGUUUUCUCAUAUGCGUCUGGAUAGUGCUUUUAGAAAAUUGUGCAGCAAGCUCUACUUUAAGGCUGAAGCCCAACAAAUUGAUCGCAUUUUGGAAGUGUUUGCCAAUCGCUACUGGAAAUGUAAUCCUAGAUCGAUUCUCAAAAGUGCAGAUGUCGUCUAUGCUGUUGUCUAUUCUGUGUUGUUGUUAAAUACGGAUCUGCAUGUUGCACAGGGCAACUACAGUCGGAUGACUCGGCAAGAGUUUAUCCGAAAUACCAUGGCAGCCGUCCACGAUCAGCGCUCUGUUUCCAUGGAGAUUGAGAGAGGGUCGAUCGAAUUUUCCAAGGAAUGGGAAAUGGAAGUAGAGUCUUAUUUGAAGGAACUUUAUUCUUCUGUCAAGCAAUACCAGAUUCUGCAACCACUUACAAGGAAAUCCAGCAUGCAUGAUUUCGUGGAGAAACGUGGAAGUAUAUUGGGUGGAAAACGCGUAGUCGGUUUGAAGCGUAGUGUUGGAUCCAUAAUCCGACGAUCAGCGCGUGAAAGCAUGCUUUUCCCCGAAGAAGUUCAGCCUCGUACAAGCUCAAGCUCUGGACCAAGACCAUCAUCUCCUUUACCACGAUCACCACGCCGUGAAUCAUUUUCAUCGAUCGGUUCAGCUACUUCAUUUGGUUCACGCGCAGCCCGUGUAUCCACUCUAUCUCCAUCGUUCCAACCCAUGAUCAGUUUCAUGGAUACGCAUGGAUCAGCUCUGUUUGCCAAUAAGCCGCCAUAUCUCAAGGAAGGUGUCGUCAUGCGAAAGCAUUUGUUGGAAAAUGCUACACAUAAGGCCCGUCAUCGUGAAUGGAAAGAGUGUUUCCUAGUUGUGACCGAAGGUGAAUUGAAAACGUAUGCUCUUCAGUCAUCAUCAGCAUCUGCUGCUGGUGGUGGUAAUGGUGAUCGUACCAUGCUCCGUGCAAGCAGUGCUAGCUUUGCCAACUUGGCCGAUUCGUUGAGCAAGUCUGGCGCACAGGUGUCAGCUUCCUUUGGUGGUGCAUCAAGCAACAAAUGGGCUUCACAGUCUCAGUUAAUAGGAUCCAUUGCAUUAAACCACACUUUAUCCAACGUGCUUCCACCACCGGGGUAUAACCGGCAACGACCCCACGUAUUUGCCAUCCAACAGCCUGACGGCGGUGUCUUUCUUUUCCAAGCCGCUUCUCAGGAUCAAGUGAAUCAAUGGGUGCAAACAUGCAACUACUGGGCAGCUCGACAAAGCAAAGAGCCAUUGCCCGGUGGUGUCAGUAAUAUGGAGUAUGGAUGGGGCGCAUGUUUACAUGAUGUUAUCAUGAACUUGGACACAGAUGAGGCCGUAGUACAUCAUGGUGCCGGUCAGCAUUUUCAAGAUCCAGAUUCAAUUGCCAUCUAUGACUGGCGUCCUCCAUCAUCUCCACUUGUUGCAAGCACACUCGAUGAAAAGCAGCAAUAUGCAGCGUUGCAGAAGCAUUUGAAAGCGCUGGAUGAUGAAAUUAAUAUUCAUCGAGAAUUAAAAACACGCAUGAUUGCGAAGUUCCCAAGUCGUUCGCAGAACCACGUCAAGGCCAUGCAUAAUUGGGAAGCCAAGUCUAAAUAUCUCCUCCACGAUAUCAUCAAGUACCAAAACUACUGUGAUGCUCUCGAAAAAAGCAUACAAGAACAGCAAAAAGUGAUAGACGCAGAAGCUGCUGAUAAGCAGCAUCAGCAAGACGAGAUCCAUUUGGAUUAUCACGAAACGAAUGUGGAUCUUUUCAAGGAAAUCGGAGACCAGCUGCGCUUGGCCUUUUAAAAAUAUUUAUAUAUACCAUUCUUGUUUGAUACACUUACGUUCCUUCUUUCUUUCUCUAAUAACGUGCACUUAUAAAAAGCCGUAGUAGUAUCUGUUUCUCUCAAAUUGUCAUACAUAACACGGAUGUAAUUUUAAAAAUCAAAUUAUAAGGAUGACAAGUUCCA